AUGGCUGAACACGCACCUCCUUCGAUCUCCACACUCCCAUCAGAGCUCAUCCACCACAUCCUUACUUUCUUACCAUUAACUGAUUUGGUGAGAGUGGGAUUGGUAAACCAUGCUUUUCUUGAACACUCCCGGCAGGACACGCUGUACCAGCCGUUUGUUCAGAGCCACGUACCGGGUUAUGAAGUGCCUAAGCCUAAUGGCUUGACUUGGCGCGAGCUGUUCAAGCUACACCACCCCUACUGGUUCAUCGCACAGAAUCAGAUCUGGUUUUCAGACACGCUACAUACAGGAAAGCUCAUAGUAGCCAGAUAUGAUCAUCGACUAAAUGCCAUCGAAGGAUAUGCACUCGUUGCGGAGCGGCGUCAACCUACCUUCAAGACGUGGUCUUGGAACCCACACGCGAUUAUACACACCUUCAAUCCCCGCAUCAGGCUGGAUCUCAAUGCCCCAGUGAUUCGCUUGGAUGCUCGAAGUUAUGAGGUGGCGGUUGGAGACGCUGGCCAUCGCCUGACGCAAGAAGUUCCUAUGAACUUUGUUGAUGAUUUACCCCGACCUAACUCUGGAAUACACUCUCAGCUUAUACUGACGAGGGCAUGGCCCAACCAAGCUACCACACGGAAUACGCCUGUUUGGCCGCCGCUUACGAUACCGAGUCCGGUCCGCACGCUGAAUGAAUCGCCGAGCCACUUUCGCGAUGUCGCCCACCGGCCGUCACGUAUCUCGGAAAUGUCUUCCGCGAGCUUUAGGUUGAGAAGAUGGAUGGAGUUCUCGUCACGGCCGCAUGGGAUUAGCAUGCGUGUGGGAGAAGACGUAACCACAUGGGGCACGCUGCCUGCGGAGAGUUACACGCCCACUCCACAGAAGCCUUGGCAAGGAAUAUGGUGCGGGGACUACGCGGGUCAUGGAUGCGAAUUCCUGGUGGUAAUGCAACCAGACGAACCCAGACCCCUGCCAGAACGUGCAGAGUUGGUCUUGCGAGCAGCAGAACGUGAGGGUAGUGUCAGCAGUGGCGACUCGUGGAGUACAGCACCAAGCGUCCAAGAAGAGUGGGAUGCAGACGGUUGGGAUGAUAAUGAUGCCGUUCCAGAGGAAAACAUGGCUGCUGGCCAAGAAGCUACGAGCAUGGGUGAUAGCAUUUCCACUUUACAUGCGUCGCCAAUACAUGCACCAGCCCAAUUGAUGGAGGAUCAACACAACGACAGCGACGAGGUCAUCUACCGAGGUCGACUUGAGGCCGUAAAACUCACCGGAGACCCGAACAUACCACGAGGAGAAUACACCUUCAUUGCGCCAGAAAUUGGUCCUAGCGGGUUGAUUCGAGUUGCAGAAGAGGAGCUGUUCAAGGGAGCUCGUAUCGUCAAAAGUGUUGGCCACAUCGCUGCAAGAGGAUUCAGAGAUGACGACUACAUGACAUCUCAGCUCAUCAUGAUUUCACACGAUCGUCUCGCGCAGUACUGGGAGACUUUCGGUCAUGUUUCGUUUUAUCAGCGCGUAGAUCUGGAUGAGUUCACGACGAUAUGA